AUGGACUCCGAGACAUUCAACGACAUUUUUGGUCCAAAUCCUUGGGACUAUAAUCGUACGAUAUUCCAUGCUAUCUCUGCCUCUGAUAUGGACAAUGUUUUUGUGAGAAUAUUUGAGAGUUAUGAUGAUCGUGAAGACCUUAAAUCCAUUAUUCGACUCAAGAAUAAAGACGGAGACACGUGUCUACACACCGCGGCAAAGGAGCAAUACGGAACAGAGGCUGACACUUUCAUCAGUAGGAUGACAGCCAUGGGAGCAGAGUUGGACGGCCAAAAUAAUGAAGGAGAUAUCGUUUUACAUAUAGCGGUAAAGAAUAACGACCACGAGCUGGUGGAAGAACUGCUAGAUAUGAGUCAAUAA